UAUAUGAAGUUCCCUGUUCAUGCAAAAAGACUGUCACUUCUGGGCGGGAAACAAACAUCUGCUAUUUCAUUUGAUUGGAUAAAAUAAGUGCCAAAUGUUUCCUUUUUUGCUUUUGGCUUGUGUUGUAGCCAUCAAAGUAUUCAAAAAGACUACUCCAAAUGGAAAGGUCACAGUUUACCUUGGUAAAAGGGAUUUCAUCGAUCACUUAGAUAGCGUAGAUCCCAUUGAUGGCAUUAUUGUUGUUGAAAAUGAUUAUCUUCAAGGGCGGAAGGUGUAUGGACAGGUGACAACAAAUUUCCGCUAUGGCCGCGAAGAGGACGAGGUCAUGGGCGUCAAAUUCAGCAAAGAACUCGUCCUAUGUCGUGAGCAAAUAGUGCCAAUGAAGAAGGAAAAACAGGACAUGACGCCCGUUCAAGAACGUCUUCUGAAACGACUCGGAGCAACCGCAUACCCAUUCCUGUUCCAAUUUCCACAGAGCUCCCCCAGUUCGGUUACGCUACAACCUGGUGACGAUGAUCAAGGAAAACCAUUGGGAGUAGAUUACACUGUCAAAAUAUACGUGGGCGAACAUGAAGAGGACAAGGGACACAAAAGGUCAUCUGUUGCAUUGGCAAUAAAGAAACUUCAAUACGCUCCGCCUACAAGGGGACGUAAACUACCCAGCUCUCUGGUUUCCAAAGGAUUCACAUUCUCUCAGGGUAAAUUGAAUCUUGAAGUUACACUCGACAGGGAAAUUUACUACCAUGGUGAAAAGGUAGCUGCAAAUGUUAUCGUUAGCAACAACUCUCGGAAAGCAGUAAAGAAUAUCAAGAUGUUUGUAGUACAACAUUGCGAGGUAACAAUGGUUAAUACCCAAUUCUCAAGAAACGUGGCUAGCUUAGAAACACGCGAAGGCUGUCCGAUUACACCUGGUGCAUCCUUUACAAAGCAGUUCUAUCUUGUACCAUUGGCUAGCAGCAACAAAGAUCGUCGUGGUAUCGCUCUUGACGGACAUUUAAAAGAUGAUGAUGUAAAUCUUGCAUCUUCGACUAUGGUCGCCGAGGGUAAAGCUCCUAACGAUGCUAUGGGUAUCGUUAUCUCGUAUUCCGUGCGAGUGAAAUUGAACUGUGGUACUUUGGGUGGUGAACUGGUUACGGAUGUUCCAUUCAAGUUAAUGCAUCCCGCUCCAGGAGUGGCAGAAAAAGAGAAAGCUACUUUGAAGAAGAACAAAAGCGUCGACAGGACACGUUACGAGAAUUCUUGUUAUUCUAACGAUGACGAUGAUAAUAUCGUAUUUGAAGACUUUGCUCGGCUGCGUUUGAACGAGCCAGAAUAAAUAAUUCUUAACAAGGCAAAUAUUUACCUCAAAAAAAUCUUAGAUUUACUAUAAUUUAUAAUAGUAUAAUUUCACUGAGAACACAAUAGAACGAUAUUAAAUUAGUAGGAUAUAGUAAAAAAAAAACUGUAUAUAUGUAGAAUGCAUCGUUUCUAGGAUUCUUUUGAUGUAAGUUAAUGCUGAAGAAUUAAAAAAAGAAUGAAAGAAGGUACAAGAGAUAAAAGGGUUACGAUACUGAUGUAUGUCCGCAGCAACCUAUGGAAGUAAAUAAAUAUUAAUAUAAGAAGUGAUAUGUAACAAAAAAAAGUACAAAAAAAAAAGCGAAAAGUAUACGAAAAAUAUACAUCGCCUUAGAAUUUCUACCCGAUGGUGGUGGUCGGUUAGAAAUUCACGCGGAGGCGAACAAAAAAAAAUGAAUGAUUUCAAGUAAGCCUUAUAAAUAAUUUAUAUCUGGCAUAUUUAAAACUUUCCCGCCUUACCAGAAGUGACAUGUAUGCUAUUAAUUUUGAUUUAUUGUGAUUAUAACGUGUCUGUAAAUGUUCAUUUAUUACAAACUGAUGGCAUUGUUGAGUUAUAAUCUGUAUAUUAGAAGAAAAAUAUAAGCAUUGCAAAAUGCGGA